CCUACCAUGGACGAACCCAUCAGAAGCUCCCCCCAGGGUGAUCCGGCAUCCCUACAUGGCUCGGCCGCGGACCCUGAGAUGGCAGCUGACCUCUACCGAUUGGCAGAAAUUGGUCUCAGAGCCUUACAGAGUGACCCGAGCUCUGAGUACUUCCAUGACCCGAGGAAG